AACACAAUGAAUAGUACUACUGUAGAUCUCAGUGAGGUUCACCGCUGGUGAUUACAAUCCCAAUUUCUGAUUCCGACGUAACCGAACCGAACCAAACUAAACAAAACUCCUGUUUCAUUCAUUUCAUUACUCUCAUUUUUCUUUCUCUCUUCGUUUCCAAUCAAAUUAACAAAUAUAUAUAUACAUAUACAACAACAACCACAAAAUAACACAGAAACAUAAAACAAACAACAAAAUAAAUUAUUUCUCUCAAGGUAUUUUGAUUUUGUGAUUUACUCUACCAAGCUUCUUGAACAAGAUUUCCGAUUCUAAACGUGAUUAUUCGCUGAUAAGUGCUGACUACUUUUCUUUUUCUAAAUAGAUUGGAAUUUAGGGUUUCAUUUUUCUAAUCCACAUGGUAGAAUUUUGGGACUAACUAUUAUGUGCAUUUUGUUUUUUUAGCUGAAAUCAUGAAGGUUUUGAGAAUCAUCUGUUAGCAUUUUGAUUUUUUAGCUGAAUUUCUUUUUCUGAUUUUUUUUUGUUGCCAUUUUCUGCUUAUGAUGAUGUUCUUGCUGCUACUGCAUUUAAUUUAAUUAAUUACAGUAUUUAUGCUUACUUGGAACAUUAGGAUUUCAUGCACCUGUGGAUCAUGCUGCUACUGCAUUUAACCAAAGUUUUAAAUGAUGGUCACAGUCGUUGUUGCGGUUGUGUAAAGGCUCUAGCAGUUUCGGUCGGUACAGGUGUUGUGACACUGAUUGCAGUCGUCACAGUGUGAUUUAACCACAAUUUGUUCUUUCAUAAAGACACAAUGAAUAACGAAGGGAGGUUUUUCAGCGGUUCGUUAAAGAAGAUGGAAGUUUGCGCGCCUCUCAAAUCCGAUACUAGAUUAAAGCACCGUCCUUUGACUGUUCUUAGGUUUAUAAGGGGUGUGAUAUGCUUGGUGGUGUUUCUUUCAACAGCUUUCAUGUGUUUAGUAUAUCUUUCGCCGCUUGCAGUUGUAGGAUUGCGGCUUUUCAGCGUUCGUUAUAGUAGGAAGGCAGUGUCAUUCUUCUUUGGACUUUGGUUAUCUAUGUGGCCGUUUCUUUUCGAAAAGAUAAACAAAACUAAAGUUGUGUUUUCUGGCGAUAGUAUUCCGAUGAGGGAACGUGUGUUACUUAUUGCCAAUCACAGAACUGAGGUUGAUUGGAUGUACUUGUGGGAUCUUGCGCUUCGAAAGGGAAGACUAGGAUUUAUAAAAUAUAUCCUUAAGAGUAGCUUAAUGAAAUUGCCGAUUUUCGGUUGGGGAUUUCAGAUUCUGGAAUUCAUUGCAGUGGAGAGGAAGUGGGAGAUAGAUGAGAAAAUAUUGCAACAAAAUCUUUCAACAUUUCAGGAUCCCAAAGAUCCUUUAUGGCUAUCUAUUUUUCCUGAAGGAACCGAUUAUACUGAGAAGAAGUGUAAAAGCGGUCAAAAGUUUGCUGCUGAAGUUGGGCUUCCGGUGCUGACGAAUGUAUUACUUCCAAAAACAAAGGGGUUUCACACUUGCUUGGAAGCUCUACGAGGCUCGUUGGACGCAGUAUACGACGUGACAAUAGCAUACAAGAAUCAGUGUCCUUCCUUUCUGGACAACGUUUUUGGGCUCGAUCCUUCAGAAGUACACAUGCAUAUUCGGCGUAUUCCUGUAGUUGAGAUUCCAGUUUCUGAAACAAAAGCUGCUUCUUGGCUAAUGAAUGCAUUCCAAAUCAAGGACCAAUUGCUCUCUGAUUUCAAGAUUCAAGGCCAUUUCCCCAACCAACUUAAUGAAGAGGGAAUCUCGACCUUCAAGUGCCUUCUCACUUUGAUCUUGAUAGUUUCUUUUACUGCCUUGUUUACUUAUUUUACAUUUUUUUCUCAUAUCGGCUUCAAGUUGUAUGUAGGUCUAUCUUGUGCAUAUCUUUCUAUUGCAACGCGCUUCAAAAUUCAAUUGUCGCCUUUAACAGAUUAUGUUCAUGCAUUCUAUAACAACAAGAAACAAAAGAAUGGAUAGAUAGAUAGUGCUUUCAAUUUUAAAGGUCAAAUAUACAAUUUUGGUCUUGAACUUGAUAUUGAAGUGUACAUUAUUUGUUUAGAUUGAUUCUUUUCAUAGUGUUUGUUUAGACAGUACCAGGAAAUCAAAUGUACAAUAUUACAAACUGGUAUUUCUGUUGGAAAUUGGUUUUUGAUAGAA